UCCCUUGCACAGGCUACUACAAAAUGUGCAAACACGCUGCCACAUCCAUCAGUAGGACUUUACUUCCAAAACGAAGAUUGGGGCGGUUACUGUACUUUUAUACUUGUACUUCGGUAGCUGAAGAUUAUAUUAGUCUAAGAUCAUGGCUCUACCAGAUCUUUUCGAAUCGUCCGCUUCAGUCCCCCUGUUGGGGGCUCUUGUAGGUCUGCUGGUCCUCUUCUUCUUCUCCUCCAGGAAUCAGGGCCAGGGUAAGGAUCCCCCUGGGCCCAGACCACUGCCCCUGAUCGGGAACCUUUUGAGCAUGGACUUUAUGAAACCACACAUCACCCUCUGGGAGUUUUCCAAGAAAUAUGGAAAUGUAUUCACAGUGUAUUUUGGACCGAAGAAAGUGGUGGUUCUGGCGGGAUACAAGACUGUCAAACAAGCCCUGGUCAACAAUGCAGAUGAAUUUGGAGACAGAGAGGUUUUCAAAAUCGUAGACGAAACUACGGGAGGACAUGGCAUUUUGUUUGCUAAUGGAGAGACAUGGAAAGAGAUGAGACGUUUUGCAUUGACCACUUUGAGAGACUUUGGGAUGGGCAAGAAAUUAAGUGAAGAGAAAAUUAUGGAAGAAUGCCAAUACCUCAUUGAGGUUAUGGAGCAAUAUAAAGGAAAAGCUUUUGAUACUACAAAAUCAAUGAACUAUGCCGUCUCCAAUAUAAUCAGCGCCAUUAUCUAUGGCAGUCGAUUUGAAUAUGAUGACCCAAAGUUUACAAGUAUGGUAAACAGAGCCAACGAGACCAUUCGACUGACAGGAUCCCCUUCAGUACAGAUAUACAACGCGUUGCCGUGGUUGGGCAAGUGGUUUAGCAGCCGCAGGGUCAUGAAGAAUACAGUUCAAAAUCAAGCAGACAUAAGCAAGAUGACCCAAAGUCUCAAACACACCCUUGUCCCUGAGGUGUGCAGGGGUUUUGUGGACGCAUUCCUGAUUCGCCAGCAGACUCUAGAGGAAUCUGGAAAUAAGAACAGUUACUACACCAAUAUGAACCUUAAUGUAUCUAUUGCCAAUUUGUUUAAUGCUGGAACUGAUACAACUGCAACAACAUUAAGAUGGGGUCUUCUGAUCAUGGCCAAGUACCCAAAAAUCCAGGUCAAGGUCCAGGAGGAACUGAGCAGCAUGAUAGGGAGUCGGCAGGUCAAGGUAGAGGACAGGAAGAACCUGCCCUAUAUUGAUGCUGUCAUCCAUGAAAUCCAGAGAUUUACCAACAUCGUUCCCAUGUCACUCCCUCACAUCACCAGCCAAGACGUCACCUUCCAAGGCUACUUCAUUAAGAAGGGCACUGUGGUGUAUCCUCUCCUAACGUCUGUGUUGUGGGAUGAGACUGAAUGGGAGAGUCCACUCAGCUUUAAUCCUUCCCACUUCCUGGAUGAGGAUGGGAAGUUCGUCAAGAGAGAUGCCUUCAUGCCUUUCUCUGCAGGUCGCAGGGCGUGUGUCGGUGAGAGUCUGGCCAGGAUGGAGCUCUUCCUCUUCUUCGCAAUGCUGCUUCAACACUUCCAUUUCACUCCUCCACCCGGGGUAUCGGAGGACGACCUGGAUCUGACCCCAGUUCUGGGCAUCACCCUCAAUCCUUCCCCUCACCUGUUGUGUGCCAACAGUCGUGUUUAGUAGGAGGAUCCCGCUAAUGAUCCUAUGAUAGAUAUCACUGCUUGAGUAAUAUACAGAUGAACCUCUCUAUAACGUGGCUCUUUGGGUCCACAAAACAAUGACCACUUUAUUGUUGGAAAACGCAUAAAUCGCGAAUUUCACAGUGAAGCAGAUGCGUUUUUGUGAUGUAUCACUCAUGUUGACUAAGAUCAGCUCUGAAAAAGAUAUAAUAUUCGCUACACGCAAAGCACCUAUGAACAAGCUUAGUAGAAACUUUUGAUCUUAUUUUGCUGGUGGCUUCGUCAUUAAUACAAAACAACCAAGGGCUUUUAGACGUGGUCGUAUCGGUAAUUGGCUUAUUUCUGGGACAAAGCUUAUUUUGAUAAAGGCAAUGCAGAUCUACAGAACAACAAACUAAUGAAACUAAGUGUGUGAUGGGAGACACUUAAAUGUUUGAUUUCGCAGAGAUAUAUUUUUUUAAAGAUUAUAUUCCAAUGGAUUUACUUUUUUUUAAGUGUAUUGUAUUUGUUAAUUGAUUAACAGGUUUAGGAUAUAUUUAAUGUUGAAUAUGUAUAGAAGCAUUAUAAUAAUAUACGUUAGUGUCGUUUUUUUGUAUUUAGUUAAUUAGCCGAUGCUUCAAUCAAAAGCAAUGUAAUCACAUUCGAAAAGCUCAUGUUUCUAUUUAACAAGAAUAAGGCAGCCUGGUAUUUCAUAUGUUAUGACUAUAUGUGACGUUGCCCACUAGCGCCUAAAGUGAGCCUAGCAGAGAGCAAUAGCACCUUGCGUCGAUUAGCGUAUGAGCGUACUAUUAUACUAUGUUUGUAUGUUAUAUAUGUUUGUAAGCAUACAUGGGCAGGCACCUGAGGGUCUUGAAUGUGGGAACUAGAGCUGUCCCUACCUUUAGCCAUGGCAGGUUUGGUCUUCUUUCGUCGGAUCGGGUCCUCAUUGAAUGCAGUCUAGAAGCGCACCACACAAGCAGAAGCAGGGUCAACAACAUCGAAGACCUCCAUCGUACGCACCAGGUGGCAGAGUACUACCAGUCCAGCAGCAACCCAGAGCACGACAUAUAUAUAAUAUAUAUAUAAUAUGUCACCAGCCAGCAGCUCAGGGAGCGAGCAACAAAAAAGGCUGACAGAAUUAAAGACUUGUGGAAAUUGUAAUAGAAUAAGUGAAGUGAUAACGCAACGGCGUGUAUUCAGAACGACAUAGUACUGGAAAUGUACCGGAUAGUUCUACAACAAAAUAACUCAUUGAGUAUUAUAUUAUUGUGUUCUUUUCGGAAUCGGAAAGGAUAGGGAUAUCAUAUCACCUUACCUGCAUGGCCUCAACAGUGUUUCAAAGUUUGCCCGUCAAAACCCCCACUCCUUUGCAACUUCAAUAAACUGCCGCGGUUGAGUUAUCUGCUUGAAUUACGGAAGGAAGUUGAGGUGCAACUUAUUUUUUUAAAGGAUCAGAUAUCUGAGAUUCACAACCCAAGUAAAUUCUAUAUUUGAACCCGUU